UUUUGGGCCCCCCCUCUUUUCCUCUUCAAGGAAACAAAGAGCCCAUUGUGGUUACACAUCUAUAUCUCUGACGUUAUUCACUGCGCUGAAGAUGGAGGGGAAGACCACCAUGCGCGCCAUCCGGACUGGUACAUCCCUCGGACAUGCUGAAUUGCUAGACGACGUGCCCAUCCCAUCUGCCCUCACCACCCUGGCCCAACACCCGGCACAUGUCCUCCUCAAGCCCUCCUACGUCGGAAUCAACCCCUGCGACUACCUCUUCACCGACCUCGAGAUCAUGUUUGCGCCCGGCAUGACUAUCGGCUGCGAGUAUGCCGGUGAAGUGAUCGAGGUUGGGUCUGCUGUGACCAUAGGCCUCAAGAAGGGUGACAGGAUCGCAGGCUUGGCGAUGCCCAGCGCUGGGCCCCAGCCAAACGCGGGAACAUUCGCCGAGUACGUUCUUGUGAAAGGAGAUGCGGCGCUGCGGUUGGAGGAAAUGGGGGACGCCAUCAGUGAGGCUGAGUCCGCGGGCGUGAAUGUUGCAUUGGCUACGGUGUGUUAUGCGUUCUAUCAUCUGAUGGGGUUGCCACUUCCAGUUGUGGAUCCUGGGCUCGAACCUCUGCUGUUGGGGAACAAUAUCACAAGAACGUCCGAGAGAACCAUCCUGAUUUAUGGCGGAAGCACGACAACGGGACUGAUGGCCAUCCAGUGGGCCAAGCUGAGCGGAAUGUUGGUCAUAACCACAUGCUCAGCUGCGAACUUUGAGCUAGUGAAGAAAAUGGGGGCGGACCAUGCGUUCGACUACCAUGAUGCCAAGGUUUGCGCCGAAAGAAUCAGGAAGGUGACAGAUGGCCAUCUGCGGCUGGUGUUUGACUGCGUGGGGGCAUUUGCGUCGCCUCAGAUUUGCGCAGAUGCGAUGGCUCUCGAUGGUGGGGGCUGCCUAUACAACUCUUUGUCACCCACGCCGUUUACCAGGCAGGAUGUGAAGUCGAUUUUCACCGGAGGGGAGGCCGUGCUCGGCGAGGCUCGUCGGGUCCGAGGAGAACUCAUCCCUGGGGAUGAGGAGUUGUUCAAGGCAUAUCGAGAUUUCUUGCGACUAUCUCAGCACCUUUUUAGGGUCGGGAAGAUACGCGCACCGCCCACAGAGAUCGUACACGGCAUGGAAAACAUUUUAGAUGUGAUGGAUGAUUUGAGGAAGUGGAAUAUUAGAGGGAAGAAAAUGGUUGCUCGCAUAUGA